AUGAAGCUGCUGGGUGCUGUGUUGCUGGCGGCCGGCUUGCUCAGCACCUCUGCCCGGAGGGAGCAGUCCCUCGGGCCGGCCAAGCCUUCGCAGACCUGCUUCUUCCAGACGCUCAGCAGCGCGGACAGAGAGUUCUGCAGAGGGGAUUUAGAAAUUAUCUACCCGGAGCUUGGCGACGUUGGCUGCAUGUACAUCCCCAAAUGCCACCAGUACCGCUGGCGGAUCAGCAGGGAGUGGGGCAGCCCCCGCGUUCGCUACCCCCAGGCUGAGGAG